CAGCUGCCCGGCGAUUGAUAAGACGAACUACCCUGUCGAAUCAACAGUCCUGCCUGUGCUCGACAGACGACAAGCCAGUGGCGGGAGCGGGAAACUGGGGUAAAGAACCAGCUGCACCCUGACUCAUGGCAUAGCCAGUCAUGGCUCCUCCGGGCCCGCUCGUCCUGUGCGGGGUGCUGCUCUGCGCCCACGCCCUGCAGGCCAGCAUCCUGUCCGGGCAGUCCGGGCGGCUGGCCGUCGAGGACACCGCCAACGAGGAGUACGCCGUCCCCAAGGACCUGCUGAUCGGGGCGGGCAUUUCCGCCCUCCAGACGGAGGGGGCCUGGAACGAGGAGGGCCGGGGCGAGAGCGCGGCCGACCACCUCCUGCACGAGGGCAAGCUGUUCCCCGGGGGGCCGCAGCACGCCCACGACCAGGCCGCCGACUCGUACCACCGCUACAAGGACGACAUCGCCAUGGCCGUGGCCCUCAAGCUCAAGCUGUUCCGCUUCUCCUUCUCGUGGACCCGCCUGCUUCCGACUGCCGACGUCUCCAAGCCAAACCAGCAGGGAGUGGAUCACUACCACCAGUUGAUUGAUGAGAUAAUCAAGAACGGGAUGACACCCAUGGCCACACUGUACCACUUCGACCACCCUCAAAUCCUGGAGGCAUCGUUCGGCGGCUGGGUGGGAGAGCAGAUGGUGGACAAAUUUGAAGAGUACGCUCGCUUCGUGUUCCAAGAGUACGGCAAAAAGGUCAAGCAUUGGGUCACCAUCAACGAGCCCAACGUGUACUGCACGUACUUCGUGCUGGCCUUCUCCGGGGACCUGACCCACCAGACGACCAAGGAGAGGUUCAAGUGCAUCCGGAACAACAUUCUCGGUCACGCCAAGGCCUACCACGCCUUCAAGGACCUCAAGCUCGAAGGCGUGGUCGGCUUCAGCGCGCACACCAUCCACGCCACGCCCGCUUCCACCCUGCCCGAGGACGUGUACGCCGCCGACGCCUUCAACCAGUUCCAGUCCGGGUCCACGCUGCAGCCCGUGGUGACCGGGGACUACCCGCAGAUCGUGAAGGAUCUGGGCGCCGAGGCGGUGGUUCCCUUCACCGAGGACGAGCAGGCGCUCAUCCGAAACACCGCGGACUUCAUGGGUCUGAACGUGUACUACAGCAUGACGGCCACGUACAACGCGAGCCAGAGCGACGACAGCGCCAACGUGCCCAUCUUCGCCCCGGGCAAGCUGGGCCUCGAGUUCAUCCCCUUCGUCCAGACCAAGAGCAACAUCAAGGGGGACAUGACUCAGCUGUAUUCGGAGGUGACUCCGGACGCGCUGGAGAGCGUCAUGCUCUGGACCUGGCAGAGCUACAAGGUGCCGAUCUUCAUCACGGAGAACGGCUUCGCGGACGUGGAGAACCUCGGGCUGAGGGACGGUCGCCGCGCCGUCUACCACAGCGCCUACCUUCGCACACUCAUCAAGACGAUGAAGGCAUUCGACGUGCCCGUCCUGGGGUACUGCGCCUGGAGUCUCGUCGACGCCUACGAGUGGAGCGCCAACUUCGGGCGGAGGUUCGGCCUGGUCCACGUCGACUACGAAGGCGGCACGCUGGAACGCAGCCUCAAGGACUCCAAGGACUUCUGGAUCACCAUGGCGGACACGGGCGUCGUCCCGCUCGUCUCCUCGGCCAGCGGCCAGUGCGUCUCCACCCUCGCGGUCCUGGUGGCGGCGGCCGCGUCGCUCUACACUCAAAGGCUAUAGAAUCGGAGCAAUAAAGAAACCUUUCGAAAAGAAGUGC